GUAGGAGGAGGAGAGCGAGAACAGCGAGUGGCUCCUCCCGGUGCCCGCGCGGGGAUUUUCCAGCCGUGGCUCUGACGCCGCCGCUACCGGGAUCAUGGGCGACCGAGGGACGCGAAUCUCAGAGUUGGAAGGGACCUCGGCGACCAUCCUGUCCAAGCCGUACUUGAACAAGAAUCCUCCACGAUGUCCCUGCCGAGUCACCCAAGCUUUCCUUGAAGACCUUUAAUGAGAGAGGAGCCCCCCGCCUCUGAGGGAAGCCCGUUCCACUCUGGGAGGCUCUAAUUGUUAGGAAGCUCUUUCUCCUAGCAGCUCAAACCCGUUACUUCAUAAUUCUUACCCAUUGCUCCUAUAUCUGUCUUCUGGGUCCAAGCAGAACAAAUCUAAUCCUACAUGGCAGCUUUUCAAGUUCUUGAAAACAGCUCUGCAGCUUCCUUAGUGUUCAAGAAGGCAAGUCCAAAUGGGAAGCUCACUGUCUACUUGGGAAAGAGAGACUUUGUCGACCACAUCGAUAUCGUCGACCCCGUCGAUGGUGUGGUUCUGGUGGAUCCUGAGUACCUCAAGGAGAGGAGAGUGUACGUAACUCUGACCUGCGCCUUCCGCUACGGCCGGGAGGAUCUGGACGUGCUGGGCCUGACCUUCCGCAAGGACCUGUUUGUGGCCAACAUCCAGUCCUUCCCACCUGCUCCUGAAGACAGGCCCCUCACGCGGCUCCAAGAACGGCUCAUCAGGAAACUGGGAGAGCAUGCUUACCCCUUCACCUUUGAGAUCCCUCCCAACUUGCCCUGCUCAGUGACACUGCAGCCGGGGCCUGAGGACACAGGGAAGGCCUGUGGUGUGGAUUAUGAAGUCAAAGCCUUCUGUGCAGAAAAUCUGGAGGAGAAAACUCACAAACGGAAUUCUGUGCGCCUGGUUAUCCGGAAGGUCCAGUAUGCCCCGGAGAGACCUGGUCCCCAGCCCACAGCUGAGACAACUCGUCAUUUCCUGAUGUCUGACAAACCUCUGCAUUUGGAGGCCUCUUUGGAUAAGGAGAUCUACUACCAUGGGGAACCCAUCAGUGUUAAUGUCCAUGUCACCAACAACACCAACAAGACGGUGAAGAAGAUAAAAAUUUCAGUACGCCAAUAUGCCGAUAUCUGCCUGUUCAAUACAGCACAGUACAAAUGUCCCGUGGCUGUGGAGGAGGCUGAUGACAUGGUGGCUCCAAGUUCAACAUUCUGCAAAGUCUACACCCUUACCCCAUUCCUGGCCAACAACCGGGAGAAGCGAGGCCUGGCUUUGGAUGGCAAGCUGAAGCAUGAAGACACCAACUUGGCUUCCAGUACCCUGUUGAGGGAUGGCACCAAUAAAGAGAUCUUGGGAAUCAUCGUGUCCUACAAAGUCAAAGUGAAGCUGGUCGUUUCCCGAGGAGGCCUGUUGGGAGACCUCGCAUCCAGUGAUGUGGCUGUCGAACUGCCCUUCACCUUGAUGCACCCGAAGCCCAGGGAGGAACCUGUGCGUCGAGAAGUUCCAGAGAAUGAAGCGCCCAUAGAUACCAAUCUCAUAGAACUUGAUACAAAUGAUGACGACAUUGUCUUUGAGGACUUUGCUCGACAGAGACUGAAAGGUAUGAAGGACGACCAAGAAGAGGAGGAAGUCCCAAACUCGCCACACUUGAACAACACAUAAGACUGGACUCCUCUUGGCUCUUCUUCUCGGGUGGUUCCUGGUUAACUCUUGUGAAUUAGGCUGCUUGUUAUCAUUUCUUCUUUUCCUUCUCCUCCCUCUUUUUCUGGUAUUUCUUUCCCAUUCUGUUUUUCUACUUCUACCAGGGGACUCCAAAGGACUUAUAUAGGUAUCAUCAGGGAUCUCACCAUCUGGCUUUGACGCACUUGUCACCAUAUCCCUGAGCUUCCCCGGUGGAUCCCUUAUUUCGGCCCUGGGGAAUGAAUGGAUGACUUACUACCCUUCCUACCUUAUUCCAUCCCAAGCUAUGUUUCCACCUCACCUUUGAUUCCCUCCAGCCAGCCAGCCUUGCGUCCUCUCCAUAUGGCCAGUCUCUAGGAGCUUCCCAGUCCACGAUCUUUUUAUUGUGUCACUUCUGCACACACUGGGUGGAAUCCAUCCAAUGGAAGAGAGUAUAUGAAAGUGGAGUCUGGCAAAGGACAGGGGAAAGGAUUGCCACAUGUGUGUGUUUGGGGGUGAGAGCAGGGGGAUAGUCCUAGGCACACCUGACCAUGGUGGGAAGGUGAUGAGAGGAGGAUGAGAGGGCUGUCCAUAGUUCACUAGUCAGCAGCAUGCUCAGAACAGCUCACGAGACCACCUGACGGAGCUACCUUGAGACUGAGAGAUUGGGGUAAUAAGCAGGGAGCCAAGCAGUGGAGAGGAUGGGAAAGAACCAGCAGCUGGAAUUUGUCCUUUUACUCCCUUCCUAAUAUUUCUUCUUGCCACCUCCCGUCCCAAUAUUUUGGUAUUUUGGGCAGUAAUGGUAUUAUAACAGUUCAAAAGCAGUCAAAUUGAUGUUCUUACCAGCAGUUACCAAGUUGAAUACAGGUCACAAGAAUUAGCACAAGCAUUUUAAUAUUGUCAGAAUUUAGUCUCUUAAAUGAUAUGUAUCUUCUAUGUAUUAGAGACAGAGGAAGAAAGGAAGAGCUGGAGGUAAAAUUUUUCUAUUAGAAUGGGCAUUGUCCAUGGUCCUGAAGAAAAAAGGACCCUGUGAUAGAGGUGAGGAGAGGAAGCAUGUCUUGCUCCUGAGUCUCUGGUAACAAAAUGUUCAGUAUCUCUGGGGAAGACUUCCCAGAGACCCUUCUUUCCUGAGUGAGCUGUUUGUCCACCCUAGAACUGGCAGAGUUUUAAUAUUCCAUUCAGCAAUGCAACACAAUGCAAUUAAAUUCAAUAAGCAUUAUUAAAUGCCUACUAUGUACAAGGGAUAUAAAGAUAAAGGAAAGCAUUCUUGCCUUUAAAAAAAACUUAUAUUCUAGUUGGGGGAAGGGAGUAGAACUUAUAUUCUUCCAUUUGGUGUGCUAGUUACUGAAUUGCCCUCAGGCGAUACAUGGGGGCUGAGGAAAGUCCAGGUAUACUGUAAGUUCUGAGAAAUCGCUGCCUGUGAUUCCUGCUGUGGCAGACAUUUGUGGGGACACACAAUUGAAGAAGAACAUAGCUGGUUCUCAGAAGAAAAGCUAGUACCAUGCUCCAAAUGUUGGUUUCAUUUACCUCUUCAGAAAUGGAAGAGAUAUGGAAAGACAGAUUUAUUGCCUAGGAUUUAGGGAGUAAAAACAACCUCAGAGAUCAUGUAGUUUAAAUGAGCCCCUUCAUUUUGCAGACUGGGGCAAUGGGGGCCUACAUAGUUAAGUGGCUUGCCCAAAGUUACACAAAGUAAUAAAACAGAACCAGGAUCCAAAGCCAGGGCCUCUGAUUCCUAAUCCACAGUAUUCUGGACAGGGAGCUGCCUUCCAAAAUCUUUCUCUUUGAUCUUUCUCUUUGACUCCCUUGGCUCCAGACCAAAAACUUAUUUCAGAUUCCCUGAAGUCAUCACCUUAUCAGAAAUUGGUUGUAGUCUUCUGGGUUUCUUCUCUGAAAGGAAAGUUAUUUCAUUAGGAAGGAAACAAACAGAUUCUUGUGAAAUCAUCUAUAUCUAUAGAUUCAAGCUUGGCAGAUCAUCUUUUUUUUUCUUGGAUCUUGGAAAGUAUGAAAAGCCACAGAGGGAGCAUUUAAGCAGAGGAUGGGAUUUGUCUCAGUUGAUCCAGACAUUGUAGAGAAAAACCUUUGAUUCCAAUACAUGGAGUCCUUCCCAAUGGAAGGAACCUAAGAAUCAUUUAGUUCAACCUCUCACGCAGUUUGAGACUCUUUCCCGCAACCUUCAUGAUAAGGUCAUCUGAUAUGGAUUGGCUGUUACAGUAUGGUGGAAAUGGCCCUGAAUCUGGAAACAGAGGAGCUCAGAUUUGAACCCAUAAGAGUUUGAAUAUGCAGGAUAAGGAAUGAAUCCCAUAUUUGGAGCAAUAACUGAGAAUGUUGCAUCUGGAAAAAAGAAAUGGGGAAAAAGUAGGGAUAAGAGCUCACCAGGGAUAUAAUUGCCAGGGGGUGGGAUAGGGACAAAAAAUACAAAUCUUGAAUGGUAUUGUCAGCAUUCAUAAAUUUUGGUACCUAAAUUAUGUCACCCAGUUAUAUCUCUUAUCAUGUUGAUUGAUAUAAGGGGUGAAUUGGAAUACAAGACCCCUGAUCUUAUCCAGUAGGCAUUGAUUGCCACAGAAAAUUCUGUUUCUAAGUAGCAUUUUGGAUUCUUGGACUAGUGCAUGUUGUGACAUAGCAGACAUAUUGUUUUUUUUCACCUCCUCAUUAUCAAGGUUAGCAAGGUUAAGGGACAAAGAGUUUCCCCUCACUCUGAUUCCCUUCUGCUCCCAUCUGUGACAUCCUCAGUAGAGAGUAAGGAGCAACCAUCCGCCAGACAGAUUCCUCCAGCAGCCAGAAGGACAAGGAACCUGGAGGUCUCACCUUGUUCCUGCCAGUCCUGACAUUUUCAUGUGCCAACAUACCCUUAGAAAAAUCCUUGGCUGUCUACUCUAGACCUCUUCAGGAAAUUGGCAUCAAGUUUACAGCCUGAGAACUGAGCAUAGGAAGCAAGGGCAGACAAACUAGAUGAUCACUGGCAGCUUCCAAAUCUCUUGCUCAGCUUCAAAUUAUAAGCAACAGUAAUAGAGAGUUCUCAGAGUUCCUGACUCUCAACAUUUGUUAUGUUAUGUGUUAGGCACAAUUCUGGGUGCUGGGGAUAAAAAAAUUAAACUGCUCUCAAGGAGCUUACAUUCUAUCAGAUUUGGAAAGUAAUUCAAAUGUCAACUAGCUCAGCCUGUACCUCUGCAAGAAUCUUUUACCCUCUUCCCUGUUUUGCAGAAGCUACUCGGUUAACUUUUACAUGAAGGUCUCUAGUAAAUGGGAAUCUAACACCAAAAAUCCAUUUCACUUUUGGACAGCUCUCCUUGUUAGGAAGUAAAGGCUAUUUCAGAUACUGAAGGAAGCUAUAUAUUCUACCAGAGGUAGAGUGCAUUUUAGCAAAGGCAUGGCAAUGAAAGAUCCCAUAUAUUAAAAGCAACGAGUUUAGCUUAGUUGAAACAAAAUGUGGAGGAUGGUUAUAUGAAAUCAUAAAAAGGUAGGUUGGAGCAAGACUGAAAGAAUUUAAAUGCCAAGAUGAAGUGUUUCCAUUUUUAUUUAGGAACAAUAGAAGGCUGCUGAAGACUUUGUGAUGUCUUAGUUUUUGGCAGCUUUGGAGCAUGGAAUCAAAAGAGGAGACACUCAAAGCAGAGAGAUCAUUUAGAACUGCCUCAAGAGAAAUGCCUCCAGGAAAACAGAAUACAGGAUUUAGAGGCAGAUAAUUCUCUAAAAUGAGGUUGCCCUCCAUGAUCUAAGAAAUCAUCUGACUACCAUCAUGUGAGGGAAUAACUAUAUUCACUGAUCAACCUCUCAUUGUUCUAAUUUGGUACAUACUAUUUUACCUCCAUAUGUGCAAAGAGGGAGGCAGGGUUUUGCCAACCUGUGUUUUAGGAGGUAAACUUUGGGCCUAGUCAUAGAAUAAAUUUAAGAUGACGUGAAACUAGGGCCUAUUCCUGGUCUGGCAUUCUGUCUCUUGGACCGCAUCAUUCAGCCCUCUGAGUUAGAUUUAUCAAGAGAUCAAAUGAACACAACUUGAUUUAUCCUCAUAGAAGAAAAACAGGUCAUGAAAGAGUUAAUCUAGUGCUUCUAAAUAUAUAUUCAAUGAUAGAAUUGAAAAGAAUCUGAAGGGCCCUCUGGUCAAUUCCUAUUGAGAUCCCAUUAACAUCAUUCUUGACAAAUUUUCAUUUUGAAGAACAUAAGUGAUGGGUAACUCAUAAUAGCUAACAUUUACAUAAUUCUUUAAUGUUUGCAAAGAGUUUUACCUACAUUAUUUUGGUUGAUGCUCACAAUAACCCUAUGAGGCAGGUGCUAUUAUUAUCCCCAUUUUAUAAAGAUAUUACUACGGAGAAAGUGACUUGCCUACAAUCAUACGGCUAGUAAUUAUGACAGGAUUCAAACUAAGUUCUUCCUGAUUCCAGAUUCACUGCUCUAUCCACUAGACCAUCUCACUACGCAUUAUCUUGUACAGUAGUCCAAUGGAGUCCACUCCAUUGUUGGACAAUUCUAAUUGUUAGGUGCUUUUCUCUUAUAUGGGAAAAAAUCUUCCUCUGAUUUCUCCAAUUGCUCCUAGUUUUAUCUCCUGAGUCAAAGUAGGACAAAUAAAUCCUUUUUCUCCAUGACAGCUCUUCAAAUAUUUGAAUUCAACUAUCAUAUGUUCCUUCAGUCUUCUAAGCAUUUCCAAUUUUCCUAAUAAUCCUUUUGUGGAAUUAUUUUUGUUCUUUUGUGAUACUGUUCUUUAUGUCCUGGACAAGACUCAGUUUUGUUAUUGUCUGCUAAAUUGUAGUUCUAGGGGUGGUUGGGAGUGGCAGUAGUCAGUUGCUGUCAGUGAAAGGCCCAUCUCAGAUCCCAUCUGGAAUUUGGACUUGAAAAUAUCAGAGAGAAUGUUAAGAUGGAAUACUGUGGCCACAGAGUGUUGUUCUAGGGGAUCUAUCUGUCAUUUGCUAAUCCUGCCCAAUUUACAUUACCUCUGACAUCCUGCAGCCUCUAUCCCCACUGUGCACAUUAUAUUGUAAACUCAUUAGAAAGACAAUACAGCUUUUUAAGGUUUCAGUCUUUGCCAUUGUUGGAAGCAGUUGAGAAAGAAGGAUUUUGCUAAAAGUCCUAUUUUCUCCUACUGAUUUCCAAUCUACUUUGAGCAUGAGCCACCUCCUUCAGUCUUUCAUUAGUUCCACCACCAACAAGUCUCCCAGCCAUUCAACCAGUCAUUAAGUGCUUUCUAUGUGCCAGGCACAGUGAUAAAUGAUAAGGAUACAAAAGAGAGACAACAGGCAAACAAUCACGGACAUAUAAGAUUUUAUACACAUGCAUAACAGUGAAUCAGUGAAUGAAAUGUAAUCUCAGAGGAAUGGUACUAGGGGCAAGAGGGGCAAGAGAAGAUCUGCAGAAAGUAGGAUUUGAGCUGAAUCUUGACAUGAUUUUCUGUUCUCUUAUCCUGGCCCCUAUCCUAGAGAAGAAUUGGGACUUCAAAGAUGGCCAGGAAGGCUGAGGUCUUGUCUUCCUGAACAAUGGGAAGCUCAAUGGAAAGCUUACCCAUUUCCUAGAGAGAAGUCAUGUUGGUAUUCCUAGUCUGCUUUGUUCCCAUCAGGGAGCUGGGUACUGAAAAUUCCCAACACAUCUAAAAGGAAGAUUUGGAUUUGAGUCCUGAAAUAUGCCUCCAAUAAUUCUGCUUUGAUAUUUGUGUGUGUUUUGUUAAAUCUACUCAGAUAAACAACUGUCCGUUGCUUUACACAUACCCACCUAGUGGAUGGUUUAUUUCACUACCCAAAGACAUUCUCUGCUUCCAUUAUCCAUGAUCUCUGACAUAGCCACACUUGGGAGACUGGUCUAAGGGUGUUGUCCUGGAUGCAGCUCUCACUGAUGGCUUGAAAGACUUAGGAUUCCUUAGCAUUCUUUUGCUCAAAACCCAGGCCCUUCACAAUAUGACUUAGAAUCCAAGACUUCCCCCACGUAACACAGGGAGACAUAGGAAGCAAGAUUAUUCAGCCCUUUGACAUUCCCUUUGGAUAGAAUCUCAGGCAGCUCAUUGCCUAGCCCAGCACAAGACUCAUGUUAAAAUAAGGGAAUGUGGCAAAAACUCCCCUACGUGACUCCCUAGCAUCUAGAGAACUUUCCUCUUGUUUUCCUUCUUUCAAAGCAAUCAGUGCUAAAACCGUGGUAUAAUGGGCUACUGGCUGAAAGCAAACUUAGACUGAAAGGUGGUGCUCUCCCCAGACUACUGGUAGCAGAACUGCUUUCCUGCUCCCACAGGACCCUAUCUUCCUGACACGCUGUGAGAUACAUUGGGACCUGCUUAUAGAUUCUAGAAGGAGGCCCUGCUGGAGGGACAUUUUCUUCAUUCCACUUCAAAGACCAGUUAAUGUAACUCAUGAUCUCUGUCUCUCUAAAUGCAAAUCCAAGAGGCUUCCCUAGCUUUGGACCUUCCAGGGAGGACCAAAUCCAAGGUAAAGUUUUCUCAUUCAAUUUCCUGGUUUGCUUGUUGGAAGACAGGGACUGUUCUUUAGAAGUCUUUGCACCUCUGUCUCAUGCUUAAGGAUGGGCAGGCACAUGGCACUCGGCAAUGUAGUCCCUUAAUGCCUGUGUGACCUUGGGCAAAGGACAGCCUCUCUGUGCUGGUUUCCUCACCUCCAAAAGGAGUUGGUGACCCUGGGCAAGUCACUUAACCCCAAUUGCCUCAGCAAAAACAAAAAAGAAGGGGUUGGACUAGAUGAUCCCUAAAGUCUCUUCCAUCUUUAAGGCUUGGAGCUUAGGAGGGACUUAGUCACUGACUUUAGAGGUACAUGCAUGAACAUACAUGGUCCUACACUCAUAAACCGGAAUGUAUAUCCAAGCUGGUUACAAUCACAUACCAAUUGUUUGGUUCACACAAAUGCAACCAAAUGUAUAAUUUCACAUGUUCACAUGUAAUCUUGGAACGUGGAUUGGUUUAUGUGUAACGUGUUUUCUGCACCAUACCUACAAAAUGAGAUGAAGCAGCAUGCACAGAUACAUAUAAAAUCAUGCACAAAUUUCUGUUGGGUGAUUGUGGCCAGCCUGCCCAGAAGUUUAUUUGUCUUGGGGGUACAGCUUAGCUCAGCUCUCCUUGGGUCUCUGAAACUCCUGGCAAGUCUUGAAUUGUGUGGAGCAAAGUGAGGUGUGGGAGGAAGCACUUGGCUUUAAUUGACAAUUCCUGCUGAGCCUGACUGACUGGGGCCUCGGAGAUGACACUUCUCUGACCUAAAAGAUGGAGAUAUUUUCUCUUAGCUACCCAUUUGUACCCUUUUGGGGGUAGAGAAAAUAUUAGGGGAACAUAAAACUCAAUUUAACAACCAAGAAACAUAUUAUGUACACGGUCCCACUGCUAGGUUCCACAGAUAGAAUUGUGAAUAGUUCCUGUCCAGGAGAUUUCUCUGGACAAAAACAAAUUAUGAUUGCUGUCCAAGGGGGUAAUUGGACUCUGUCCUUAAUGGAAUCUCUGACCUGAGGAAGGUUUACUGCCAUUCUCAGUAAUUUCUGACCUGACAGUAAACUCUAGGGGAGACGAUGUCCUUGCUUUUAAGUAGUCUCAUGAGAGAUGUGAUGUCCCCCAUCUUCAAAAAACUGGUCUGAGGGAGUAGAAAAAAUAGGCAGAUAUUAAUUUAAGCAAGAUUAAAUAUAUGAAAUGCCAGAUUUACACAAAAGAGAAAUUGAGAAUAACUGUCUUACAGAUUUCCUCACCUGUUCCUAUCCCCAUUCCUUUAAUAGCAUAGAUUCAAUUUGGACAUGAAUUGUGGUGUAGCUGAAGAAGUAGUGAAUUUGGAAUCAGCCUGGGUCUAUAUCCUGGCUCUGGUACUUAGCCAUAUGCAAAGUUUGGGGAAAACCUUUUCCUUUUAUGAACUUCAGUUUCUUCCCCUGCAAAAGAAGGGGAUUAGACUCAGAGUGGUCUCUGAGAUCUCUUUCAGUUUUAAACCUAAAGUCCAAUAGCUUUACCAUUCUUGAGAUCUGCUUGAGGCUGAUUUGGAGUUUAUUCUAGCCUGAGUUCCUGUCAAUUAAGGAGGCCUGAAAUCUGCCUGACUGAGGCAUCCUCUCCAAGGGGCCCCAGAGCUUGCUUUUGAACUGGUUGAAAUCUCUGGCCCUGGCAAACAAGGAAGACACUAGCCAGCAUAAGCUGUGUUAUGAUAGUGCAGCACAGCUAUGCAGUUUCUUGGGCCCAGAUGGAGGGGAUUUGUGAUACCAUGGAAAGGGCUCCAUAUGGGGAAUCAGAAGACCUGGCUCCCAGUUCCAUCUCAUCACUGGCUCACCAGGUGACCUUGGGAUCAACCCUUUACCUCUCUGGGCCAUAUUGACAAUAAUAAUAUCCACUGCCCACCUAGAGUCCGUCAAAAGGCCAUUGUAAAGAUCAGUUAAAAAGUCAAGCAUGAAUAAGAGGUUUUUUUUUUUUUUUUUGGAUUGGGGGGGGCAUAUCUGGAAGUAUGUUCAUCUAGCUGAAUCAUGUUGGGAGUAAUAUCCAGUUGGGAAGCCACAUCAAGUGCAGGGCUCUGGCUGGCCACCACCCUGCCCUUCAUAUCCUGCUCCCGCUUCCACAAUGAGACUGUGGCUCUCUACUCACCCCAGACUUCCUCCAUCUUUUGCUUCUACUUUUGAGAUUGGUGUUUGAAGAUGAGUGUUCCAGAGAUUCUCUGUAUAUACAUGUAAAGAGAUUGAGAGAUGGAAGAAGGAAACAGGAGGGGAAAGAGAUGACUCCCUGAGGACCAUGGUCAUCUUCAGGGCCUUGAAAAAGGAUCUCUUUGCACCCAUCAUGGGCCCUGCCUGCUCAGAUUCUUUGUUUUACUGUUUCUGUGUCUGUCACAUAAAUUAUUAUAGUUUAUUAAACAACAAAACAAUCUGCACAAA